UGUGUACUCUUAUCCUAAAUUCCCUCCGCAAGUGAAGGUUUACUCCUAUAGAGAUGGCUGAAACUGAAACAGAAACUCCGCUACUGUUGUUGGAGACGGCGGUAGACGGCGUCGUCGACUUCAAGGGCCGCCCAGUUCGGCGGUCAACCUCCGGUGGUUGGAGAGCAGCUGCCUUCAUUAUAAGCGUGGAAGUAGCAGAGAGAUUUGCUUACUAUGGAAUCACCUCGAAUCUGAUAAAUUAUUUGACGGGGCCACUUGGUCAAUCGACGGUAACGGCAGCGGAGAAUGUGAACAUCUGGUCUGGAACUGCUUCAUUGCUCCCUCUGCUUGGUGCUUUUCUUGCUGAUUCUUUUCUUGGCAGAUAUCGCACCAUCAUUCUUGCGUCCCUUCUUUAUAUUCUGGGACUGAGUCUGUUGACGUUGUCGGCUAUACUUCCUGUAACAAGCCAAUCAAUAUUGUUCUUCUUUUCUCUGUAUCUUGUUGCACUUGCACAAGGUGGACAUAAGCCUUGUGUUCAGGCUUUUGGAGCUGAUCAGUUUGAUACGAACGACCCUGAGGAACGAAAGGCCAGAAGUUCCUUUUUUAAUUGGUGGUAUUUUACUUUUACUGCAGGUGUCCUUGUCAGUGUUUCCAUCUUGAACUAUGUUCAGGAUAAUGUUAGUUGGGUUCUUGGGUUCGGAAUCCCUUGCAUUGCCAUGCUAGUUGCAUUGGCUCUUUUCUCACUUGGAACAUGGAUUUACCGCUUUAGCAUCCCAAGGGAAGAUAAAGGCCCUUUUUUUAGGAUUGGUGGCGUGUUUAUUGUUGCACUAAAAAAUUGGCGAACUACCCCUUCAGCAAUCGCUUCUGAUGAGGAAUCUCGUGGCACUCUGCCUCACAAAGCUUCUGAACAAUUUAGUUUCCUGAACAAAGCAUUAAUUGCAUCAGACGGUUCAAAGGAAGAGGGGAAAGUUUGUAGCGUUAGUGAGGUUGAAGAAGUAAAGGCAGUCCUCAGGCUUGUUCCAAUAUGGGCUACGAGUUUAAUUUAUGCUAUUGUGUUUGCUCAGUCUUCUACCUUCUUUACCAAACAAGGUGUUACACUGGACAGGAAAAUUGUGCCUGGUUUUGAUGUACCCCCUGCUUCUCUUCAAUCCUUUAUUAGCCUCUCCAUUGUUAUUUUUGUUCCUGUCUAUGACCGCAUUAUUGUUCCCAUAGCUAGAGCUUUUACUGGUAAACCCUCUGGAAUCACAAUGCUACAGAGAAUUGGAAUUGGGAUGUUUCUUUCUGUAAUUUCUAUGGUAAUUGCAGCUUUUGUGGAGAUGAAAAGACUCAAAGUGGCUCGUGAACAUGGGCUAAUUGAUAUGCCAAAUGUGACAAUUCCAAUGAGCAUAUGGUGGUUAAUUCCUCAGUAUGUGUUGUUUGGAGUCGCUGAUGUGUUUACAAUGGUAGGUCUGCAAGAGUUUUUCUAUGAUCAAGUCCCAGAUGAAUUAAGAAGUGUUGGUCUUGCCCUCUAUCUAAGUAUUUUUGGGGUUGGGAGCUUUCUGAGUAGCUUUCUCAUCUCUAUUAUUCAGAAAGAAACUGGAAAAGAUGGCAGUGAUAGCUGGUUUGCUAGUAAUCUUAAUCGUGCGCAUCUUGAUUAUUUCUAUGCAGUUCUAGCUGCUCUUAGUGCGGUGGAGAUGUCUGCCUUCUGGUUCUUUUCGAAAUCUUAUAUUUAUAAGAGAAGAAGCUCAUAAAAGAAGCUGAAAAUCUGCAACAUAGGGUUUUGCUGGGGAAGAAUUUAAAUUCAUAUAUGUGGAAUUCACUGAUCAGACUUUUGGACAAUCUGUUGAUCCAUUUUUAGGAGAUAUGGUGCACGGCUAAUAGUCAACUGGCAAAUGAAAUUAUAAACCAAUUUCAUUUUUUUUAUUUUAUAUUUUAUGAUACGAUGAUGAUGCCGAUGUAAACUAUAAUCUCAUGCAUACUGGUUGUAUAGCUAGACGCCUAGACGCGUGCUUUUCUGAGUACAUUGUAUGUUGGAGUCAU